CCGGAACUCGUUGAUGUCUCGUUCUUGACUCAAGACCCGGAAGCCAAGGCUCGCUGCUACUUGACGAAAGCUCAAACAGCCUCAAAACGCACCGUUACGGUUCUGAUUUGAUUAUAAACGACGUCACUAAAGGAGCGACACUCCUCGCUGGAGGACCGGCGUCACUGUAACGCGCCUCGCGUACCGCUACGGCCGCUAGCCUACUUGUUUUUUUAGCCAUCUAGCAGGAUCGUCGUUCGCUGACGUUAGCCGCUGGUUAGCUGCCUGGCGAUGGACGCGGCUCGCGGCGGCGGUGCUGUGGCCGGAUGUCUGCUGCUGCUGCUGCUGCUGCUGGCCGGGUGCGACGCGAGGAUACACAAGCUCAGCCUGCAGAAUGAAACUCGCUUCGUUGUGGACCUCAACACCUUUGGUUUCUACGGUAACGGGACCCUGGACGUCAACCUGCUGUCCCUGCGCCUCCCGGAGCAGGCGGUGAACUACAGCCUUCACCCCGUGGGCUUCACCCUCUCGCGGUCCCGUGUCAACGGAGUGCUGUCCUACACGGCGGAGGAGACGGAGACGUGUCCACUCACGCUCACCAAGUUCACCAGCAACGAGCCCCUCAUCCUCUUUCUCCUUCACUUCGACACGUCCAGUGUCAAUGUGAGAGCUUUGGGCGACCAAGACAACGUCCUGGUAGCAAAGACCAAGACGCCUAAAGCUGCUGCUGCCACAGCAGCCAAACCAGCGCCGACCCAGCCGCAGGACGGGUUGGACCACAAGGAGCCGGAAGCCACGUCGGUGCCUCACGAUUCGCAUAUGCAGCUGGAGAACCUCAAACAAGUCACCUUGGCUCUGGACAAAAGCAACGGCUCCUACAGCUUCAGCUUCAAGCUCGUGGUCGGCCCGCUGGCGGAGGGUCUGUACACCCUGAAGUUCCACUACUGCAGGAACCGGGUACCCGGGAUCAAGCUGCCGUACUCGCUGGCCGUGAAUGUGACGGAGAGGAACCCGGGCGGCUUCCUGUCGGCGGCGGAGAUCCCCCUCUCUCGCCUCUACAUCGGCAUGGCGGGGGUCUUCUUCGUGGCGGCGAUGGUCUGGAUCUACACCCUCAUGAAGCACAGGUACAGUGUGUUUAAGAUCCACUGGCUGAUGGCAGCGCUGGCCUUCACCAAGUCCACGUCCCUGGUGUUCCACAGUAUAAACUACCACUUCAUCAACACUGAGGGGCAUCCCAUCGAGGGCUGGGCCGUCAUGUACUACAUCACACACCUGCUGAAGGGGGCGCUGCUCUUCAUCACGCUGGCACUCAUCGGUACCGGCUGGGCCUUCGUCAAGUACAUCCUGUCUGACAAGGAGAAGAAGAUCUUCAUGAUCGUCAUCCCUCUGCAGGUCCUGGCCAAUGUGGCCUUCAUCAUCAUCGAAUCUACGGAGGAAGGCACCAGCGAGUACUACCUGUGGAAGGAGAUCCUCUUCCUGGUCGACCUGCUCUGCUGCGGAGCCAUCCUGUUCCCCGUGGUCUGGUCCAUCCGUCAUCUCCAGGAGGCCUCCAGCACCGACGGAAAAGCCGCCAUGAACCUGGAGAAGCUGAAACUCUUCCGGCAUUAUUACGUGAUGAUCGUGUGCUACAUCUACUUCACCAGGAUCAUAGCCAUCCUGCUGAAGGUCACCAUGCCCUUCCAGUGGCAGUGGUGCUACGAGUUCCUGGUGGAGGUUUCCACUCUGGUCUUCUUUGUGCUGACGGGCUAUAAGUUCCGUCCAGCUUCCAACAACCCGUAUCUGCAGCUCCCUCAGGACGAGGAGGACGUGGAGAUGGACGAAGUAAUGGAUGAGUCUGGAGCUCUGGGAAGGAUCUCCCAAGUCCAGAAAAAGUGUAACGGACGAGAGCGGCAGAAAGAGUUCACACUGUGAACAACCAGCUGC